AUGGAUUUCCUCAAGAAGGCCGCCAGCAGCGUUUCCGGCGAGAAGAAGCAGGAGAAGACCAACGAGCCCCAGCAGGACUACGUUGACAAGGCCUUCGGCAUGGCUGCCAAGAAGUCCGGCCACAACGUCGACGCCAACACGGCCGAGAAGAUCACCGACGCCGGCCGAGGCAUGUUCGAGAAGCUCACUGGCAAGAAGGUCGACCCCAAGUACUCCAACUAA